CUCAAGUCAUGCACGCCCCAACAUUCAGCCUCCUCACACGGACGUCGACUCAUGCGCGCGCCAACUUCACGAUGCCUAUUCCUCGUGGCGCGCGGCUUCACGCGUGCGUUGCUCCCACGCGUCUCCCACCGCCUUCGCUAUUCCUACUCCCGCAUGGCAUGGAUCAUCCGCGUUAGCACUCCACUCGUGCGCCUGUGCGCGCACUCUGCCACCGCCGCCCAACUUCUGCGCGUGUGUGCCACCUGCACGAUUGUCGCGCACGCCACUUGUGUCCGCCCUGCUCGAGCUGUCGUCCCGCGCCCCACGCGUCGCACCCAUCGCCCAAGUGCUCCAAUCGCCUACUGCGCAUCCCCGUGCACACGCUGUACUGCGCGUACUGCUAACCUCCAUUGCCGGCUCAUCUUCUGCGCACCCGCGUACGCCCGGCGCUGUCCGUGAGCGCCCCUUCCUAUCGCGCGCAUCAAGGCACGAUGCAUGCCACUCGCUC